AAGCAGCAAAGCGAGUGAGCGAGUGAGUGAGAGAGACAGAAACAGAGCGGGGCACGCGCGGGCGCGCACACACACCCGAGUACUUUAGUUAUAUUGUUGGGUGAGUUUGCAACAACUCCCUCCGUCUCGGCUUCGCGCGGACCCCGUGGGAGCGGAAUUUUGACUCGCCUCUCGCUGGGACUUUCUUGGCGGCGUUUUCCUAUCCAGACCUAGAGACAGUCACAUUCAUCUUUUUUAUUUUUCUUCCAAGUGUGGGGUGGAGUAGAGGAGGAGCAGGAAAGAGAGGGGCGAAAGGGGGGAGACCCCCCCAAUCAACAAACCAAUCUCCAAACAGCCAACCUUUGCACAAGUAAUUCUUGCGGAGAGGGGGCAAAAAAAAUCACUUAAAUCUGCCUCCUAAAAAAACACCCCAAAACCCUUCUUCCGGCUUUGAUUUUUUUUUUUUUUGGUCCUGUGAGGUUUCUUCUUUCUUUGCUCCUCUUCCUUUUUUAAUUAAAAAGAAAAAAGAAAUUCCUCCACCGAUCGCUCUCCCACAAAUCGCGUUUGGCAUGAGUUAAACCAGAAACGAUGGACACCAAGCAUUUUCUUCCAUUGGCUUCCCCAGCGCCCUCAGAUCCAUCAGCCAUUCUGCAACGCCGCUGGCAAGCCUUGGCUCAGCAAACAGUCCAUCAGGAGAACAUGUGUGUGCGUGCGUGUGCAUCCAAUGGCAGCUUUGGCGUUUUGGAUUUCUCCAGCCCAGUCAAUUCCACCUCCUUAAGCUCUCCGAACAGCAGAGGAGGGCCUAUGACUGCACCUUCUCUCCAUCCGUCGAUGAGCACUGGCAUUGGUGGGGCUUUGGGGUCCCCUGGCCAGCUCCACUCACCCAUCAGCACCCUCAACUCACCCAUCAACGGCAUGGGGCCACCGUUCUCAGUCAUCAGCUCCCCAAUGGGGGCUCACCCCAUGUCUGGACCCUCCACCCCUGGCCUUGGAUUUGGAACCAGCAGCCCUCAGCUCAAUUCUCCAAUGAACCCUGUCAGCAGCACAGAAGAUAUCAAGCCUCCGUUGGGAAUCAACGGGGUCCUCAAAGUUCCAGUGCACCCAUCAUCUGCCAUGGCCUCCUUCACCAAGCACAUAUGUGCCAUUUGUGGAGACAGAUCUUCAGGUAAACAUUACGGGGUGUACAGUUGUGAGGGCUGCAAAGGCUUCUUCAAGAGGACAGUGAGGAAGGACCUGACGUACACCUGCCGGGACAAUAAGGACUGCUUAAUCGACAAGCGGCAGCGGAACCGGUGUCAGUACUGCCGGUACCAAAAGUGUCUUGCGAUGGGCAUGAAGCGGGAAGGGAUGGAGCACCAUCCAUCCCGGCCCACAAGACUCCCUGGAAGGCAGGAAGAACAAGCUGUCCAAGAGGAGAGGCAGCGUGGGAAGGACCGCAAUGAGAAUGAGGUUGAAUCCACGAGCAGCGCUAAUGAGGACAUGCCUGUGGAGAAGAUUCUAGAAGCCGAACUUGCCGUUGAGCCAAAGACAGAGACAUACAUUGAGGCGAACAUGGGCUUGAACCCCAAUUCGCCCAAUGACCCGGUCACCAACAUCUGCCAAGCGGCAGACAAGCAACUUUUUACAUUGGUGGAAUGGGCCAAAAGGAUCCCACACUUCUCAGAACUGCCGCUAGAUGACCAAGUGAUCUUGCUCAGGGCUGGUUGGAAUGAGUUGCUCAUUGCCUCCUUCUCACACCGGUCCAUAGCUGUGAAAGAUGGGAUCCUCCUUGCCACAGGUCUCCACGUCCAUCGGAACAGUGCUCACAGUGCAGGCGUUGGUGCCAUCUUUGACAGAGUAUUGACAGAACUCGUAUCAAAAAUGAGAGAUAUGCAGAUGGAUAAAACAGAACUGGGGUGUCUCCGAGCCAUUGUCCUCUUCAACCCUGACUCAAAAGGGCUUUCCAAUCCUGCUGAAGUCGAGGCCCUGCGUGAGAAAGUGUAUGCGUCACUUGAGGCCUACUGUAAACAGAAAUACCCUGACCAGCCCGGGAGGUUCGCCAAGCUUUUGCUCCGCCUCCCUGCCCUCCGGUCCAUUGGCCUCAAAUGCCUGGAGCACCUCUUCUUCUUCAAGCUAAUAGGGGACACUCCCAUCGACACCUUCCUGAUGGAGAUGCUGGAGGCUCCCCACCAAAUGACUUAAGAAGGCAGACGGGGUUGGUCCCAUUUCUUCUCCUGCCCGGCGGGCUCGCCGAUGCCACCACCACCACACCUCCCCUUCUACUGCCAACGUGUGCCCCCAUUUCUCCCUGGCAUGUGCGAGAGGCAGCCUACCAUCUUCCUCCUGUGACACCGUUGACUCAGCCCUUCAGCCGUUUCUCACGCUCUCUCUGUGCAUCUCGGGGAUCUGAGAAUAGCCAUUUGCUGUCCCUCUCACAUGUGCAGAGGGGAAAAUGGCUGUUGUUGUUUAUUUUGAAUGUGCGAAAAUGCACCCCGCCCCCACCGCUGUUCACUUUCCUCCUCCUCCACCACCACUGUUUCCACAGGCCUAGGUGGAUUUCAUAGCAAGCUGUAAAUCUGAGCCCACCCCCUGCCUCGCACAAACUUAUCUGCCUCACGUGUGUGGUUUUGGUUGUCAGCUCCCCCAACACACAAACACACACACUUGUUGCCGUGUGUGUGAAUUUAAUUUGCUUUGUUGCAGACGGACAUUUUGGAGAAUGGAAGCCUUUGCAGGGGUUGGGGUCCCUUCCAACCCCACGAAUCCUAUUAUUUGUUGUUUUACCUGCCUCCAAGCUGCAACGAAAAAAAGCAAAAAAUUGCUCUCUUAGCAUCUCAAAAGGGAAAUGGGGUCCAGGUUUUCUAGCACUGGGCUGGGUGGGCUUUGCACCAGUGACUCAGGUGGGAAGACAUGUUCUAAGAAUUAAGGAACAGGGUGCCCACCUUGUGCAUGUGCUCAGCCCAGCGGUUUGUAAGCAGCACCAGAACCAAGGUCACAAGUACUUUCACAUAAAACCCCACUUCUCAUCACCACACCUUUCCGGUGUCCUAAUUCAGAAGGGGUGAUACUUUCAGUUCUUAAGACCUCCAGGUGUCAAAAACUCUUGUCAGUUUGCUGCAAAUUUGGUGGAUUUUUUUUUUAAGAGAGCAAGUUUCUAGUCCUUACAGUUUCAAAUCCAAUUGCCUGUCUGCGGAUCCUGAGCUACCUUUUGCCCGACCUUGUUCUGAAGCCAUCUGUAAAUUGUGUGGGAAGGGUUAUGGAUUUGGGCUGUACAGCACAGGUCACUCUUGUUCUGCGCAUGGCGUGUGUGUGUGUGUGUGGCCAUUUUCUUUGCUUUUCGUCCAAAGAUGACUUUCUCUUGGUAACUGAGUGAGCCGCUCAAACUGCAAAACCAGCCGAAAUGCACAAAGGCUGCUUUAAAGCUGUGGCAGUCAAUGCUGCAAGUCCUCUAAGCACUUUCCCCUUGUCUGUUUUCAGUGGGAUUCCCCCACCCAACUCCCUUAAAAAACAACACACACCUCUGUUAAUAUCAGCACUCUCUGUUGCCGCUUUUUAAAACUGGCCUUGAUAACCCAGCAGUGUUCAAGAGCAUCAAGCAAUCCCUGGCAGGCAGUCAGGCAGACACUGAAACCUAGGUGGGCAGUUUUAAUAACAACACCAAGUCCUUAGGGUUUCAAACACCUGCUUGGAAUUGUGUCUCAGGGAACGGGAUGCUGGACUAGAUUUCCAGCAAUUUUGUAGGGGGAAGUGGCAAUUACUAGCAAGUUUGGUCCAGGCCAAGAGUGAAGUGUGUAGAUGGCUCAGACCCAGGAGGUUCCCUGAGAUGCUUAUUUGCAUAUAUAUACGCCUUGCAUGUUCUAUAAAUAUUCUGCAACACUCAGCAGGCCCUGUUGCCAGUUUAAGCUGGCCCUUAAAUAGAUGCCUUCUGAUAUGACUGCAUCCUGAUUAUUCUUUUCCUCUUCCUCACCAAAUCCUUUCUCGUUCUCUUUCCCUGUUUUCCUUUACGCCCUUGGCACCCAUUUUCCCACCCAUCCUUCCAUGCUCCCAAGAGUCUGCCCUAGGAUUUCAGGAGACAUAUUUGCAAAACCACCACUCCCCCCCCCGCCAAAAAAUGUGGCUGAUUGCAGCAGGCAAGAUGGGAGGGGAGAGGAUCCUUGGAAAUGCCACCUCAACCAAUUUCCCCUCUGGAAACCCUUUGCCAACAAAACACUCAUUCCAGAGGGUAUCAAAUAGAAAAGAAAUGUGUUCCUUGGAACACAGAAUCAUUCAGUUCCCUUGAGGUCUUGGUAGCUGACUGCCUUCCUUUCCUGCUCUGUCUUGAGAGUUCAGUCAUUGAGCCAGAGCAACAUCCUUUAUCACCUGCCCUCUGAUUUGCUUUGCGGCAGCUGAAUUUCAGGGUCUGAAGAAUCCAAUGUCCAAACUCUUUGAGAGCAAAAUAAGAAAAAGAGGGACACUUUAUUUGGAGUUCUAAGCCUCCAACAUACAUUUGAGAGUUUUAUUUUGGCUCAGGGUAUUUGUGAGAAUCGUUCCACUGCAUCCGGUUUGGUCUUUGCUAUUCACUGGAGUGUAUUAGGGUCUGCCUUCCCUGAUCCAGCUCUGUUUGUGAGUACCAAUGAUGAAUAUUGUGCCAGAAUGAUGUGGCUUUGUGCAUACCCUUCCAGUUUUAAAAGCACUGGGAGCCAUAGGGCAGUUUCUGAUUCUUCAAGCAAUCUGCACCAGAAGGCCACUUGCAUCUUACAGUUUGGGGCCACCACCUGCAUUUUCAAUCAUGGCAGAGGUCAUGCCCAAAGCCCUGCAGAGGUUGACCUCUGCAGCCUUGAAUCAAUGGACUUUAGUGUGCUUGUUCACACAUUACCUGCAUUCAGCAUACAAGCUGUAUGAGUGUCCCCGUGUGAAAGAGUGCGUAGUUUGUUGGUCUGUUCAGCUCAACUGCUGCAUAAACAUACUGUACACUCACUGAACUCUGCGUGUGAAUAAUGUUACCAGUAUAUUGCUCUAUGCAGAGCCAUAUCCAACCAGUGAGUUCUAUCAGCACCAGGGUUUGUUGCUCAGGCAACAAGACUUCACCCCCACUCUCCCCAGAUGCGCUUCAGGAGGUAGGGGGGACCCCCUAAAACAGAUUUAGUGGCACAAAGGGGGGAGGAGAGUGGGAAAAGCCCCAUUACACGGGUGAAAAUUCUUGCACCAAUGGGACAGGUUACUCAGCGCAACUUUGGAAACAGCCCAGAGAUUGUGCACUUGUAGAACAUUAUGUGCAGACAUCCCUGAUGACUCCUUUGUUUGCAUUCGCCUUCACUGUUUGGGGCUUUUAUGAGGUUCUCCUAGCAUAAUAACGGGACCCUACAGGUGGCCCACCUUUCUCACCUGUGUCAUUUCGUAUUAGCUGGGGAUUUUGCCACAUGUCAGAGUCAUCUGUAAGGAGUCAGAAAUCAUUGCCAGUGAGGUAAUGCUUGGUUUCUAAAGGAAAAUGUUAUAAUGAAAGACCAUAAUAAAGAGCCUUUGGAGACAUUAAUCAGAUGGCAUCCACUGAUGCCCAGGUCAACACUGUACUUUUCACUCCCAGCUGAAUGGGGAGGGGUGAGGUUCACUUAUCCAGAAGCAUCCAUCUUUAAAGUAGACCGUGCCUUCCUUGAAGUGAUGGGCUACUGGUUUGAAGUGGAUGGUUCCAAGCAACAGAGGGAACGGUUUCAUUAAGCAUCACUGUGUCCCAUGGACUUCUGGAGUAUCGGACUUGCAGGAGACAGCCAGGGGUUGUCUUCUCUAGCUAAGUUCUACCCAGCACGGGCCCAUUAUUUUCAGUGGGUCAGCCUUGAGUUGGCCUGUGAUUGCAUACAGCCCUGCCCUCCUAGAGCAGUGGUUCCUAAACUUGGGGGGUAUCUGCCCCCUGGGUUCCAUUAACUCAUCCCCAGUGAGUAAAGCAUUAUUCAGAAUAGCGGUUUGCACAACUCACUAAGUAAGGUAAUAAAAGACUAAAAUUCAAAACAAUAGCAAUUAGUUGCAGAUUUAUUAAAUAUAUAUGCAAAAGUGAAUAUAUGCUCUGAUCUAAUUUGGCAUCUCAAUUACACACACACAGCAAAGAAUAUUGCAUGAGAAAUAUUUUCUACACAUUCUUACUAAUGAAAACUUUAAGGGUGAAGGAGAUUUAUACCAUAAAAUAUUUAUAUAUAAGGACUUACCAAACAUGCGCAAACCUUCACCUGCUACAGGUAACUGAUUUAUAAGAAAAGAAAUAGCUAUUGCCAAUAACUGUGACAACUCAGAAUCAUAAAUACAAACAAAACACGACCAAAGGAAAUAGCUUUGAAAGCUAUAAGAGCAGAAAGUUUUAAAUGCGAAGUGAAGAAGGGGUUUCAUGCCCUUGGCUCUUGGCAUCCUAGGGAAUCUCACAGCAAACGUGGGUGGGGGCAGUACCACCCACGUUUGGAACUGCUGAUCCAGAGCAUGUGAAAAAAAAGCAAAGCCUUCUACACAUUUCUUCUGAUAAAAAGCUCCAUGCUGUGAAAGGUAGUGGAUCUCCCCUUCAUUGGAGAUUUUUAAACGAGGUUGGAUGGCCACCUGUCUGGGGUUAUUUAAGAUGGGGUUCCUGCAUAAUAGGGGGUUGAAGCAGUUGACUCUUGGGCAGGCUUCCUCAACCUUGGCCCGCCAGAUGUUUUUGGCCUGCAACUCCCACAAUCCCUAGCUAGCAGGACCAGUAGUCAGGGAUGCUGGAAAUUGUAGUCUCAAAACAUCUGUAGGGCCGAGGUUGAGGAAACCUGCUUUGCAAAUUCUGUGUGACCUGUUACGGGAUAAAGGCCCUUUCCUCAUUCCAUCUGCUGGGAUCCUUCACUUUGCAGUUCCGGGGGGAGCCCAAAGUUGCCCUGCACUUAUUCUGGUAUAGCCACAAACAGAGGGUCUAAUAUUUCCCUCUGGCUGUGUUCGGUCAGGGCACCUGAGGACACCCCAUUUCCCCAGGACAGGUGGACAGGCUGGUGACGUCCCCACGUCUAGAACAAGAUUGCAUGAAUCCUUUUUUUUUUUAAGUUGAUACAUGUGUGUGUUUAUGCACGUGUGUUGUGUAGAUAUAUACACUGUAUAAAUACCCCCCCAUUCAAAUAUACAUAUGUUAUACCCACUUCUUAGUGUUACCAAUGUGUCCUCAGAUCUCUCUCUUUUUUUUAAAUGAAACUUUCUUGUAUUUUCUUCAAGUUUUUAAAGAAAAUUUGCUUUGUGGGAGCAAGUGGGAUUUUACGUGGGAACCUCCCUCCCAUCCUUCCCUGCCCCGUUCCUGCUGCCACACAACUUGGUGGUCACUAAUACUGGAUCUUUGAAAAGGGAAGAAAAACAUUGCAUCUAUUUUAAGAUGCUUUUUUUAAAAAAAAAGAGGGGGGAGGUCAUUGGGGGAGGUCAGCAGCAGCAGCAGGUGUGUUGAACAAUAGCUCAAUAAGUUUCCAUCAGUUAGGGACAAUGAUGCCUUCGCUAAGGAGUGCAUAACUUUUUUUUUUUAAAAAAAGAAAAGUUUAGAAAGGAUUACAGGGAAAAAAACAAAAACAUGAAAAUGUUGAAAAGAGUGAGAGAAGGUGAGCGGAAUAUCUAAAGCGUCAAUAAAGCUAAAUAUCUAUUUUUGUACAGAUGUAACUUUAUCCCUUGCAUAUUCCUAGAUUAUUUGGGGGAUUUGUUUUCUUUUUCUGGGGAGCGGGGUGGGGGCGGGGGGGAGGAGGCGGUUUGUGUUUCUCUCUCUCUGCUUUUAUAGAAUUUGUUCUACGCCUCUGGAUUGAACCAGCCACCAACACAGCCCUGUAUGGAGGAAAGAGAAAGGGCUCCGUCCAAAAUCUCUUCUCCUUCCCACGCCCAAUUUGGAACAAGUGAAUUUUGAUAUAAGAAAAAGUCUCUAACCCUCCCUGCACCUUGCUACUUUGGGGGGGCGGGGGGAAGCAAAAUGCAAAACAUGGCCUUUCGUUGCAACCCCUCCAACCCUCUCCCCACCCUCUCCCCACUCCAACAGCAUUAUCCUGCAGGUCUGCUCUACUGUGAAAUCACUACCAUGUAUUAUUGUUCACUAAAAAAAUAAAAUGAAUUUUUAAAAAAAAAUCUGCUGGAAAUGCCAGUAUUUUGAACAAAUGUAUUAGAAAUGUUUAAGAAAAAGUAAAAGAAAAUAUAUGACCAUUUAAAAAUAUAA